AUGCGGUUCAUAAAUUUUAUACUUGGACUUCUGGGGGCCUCGGUGACUGCUUACGCCGCUGCUCUUCCAAGAACCCCAAACGAAUUCACUGAGGUCAACCCUGGCGGUUUCGAGGAUCUAGUUGUUACAAAGGACAACACCCUCAACGGCACCCGCACUGGAGAUGAACUUGUUAUCCCUCCUCCAUCCAGCAACGUUGAUUUUGAAUCUAUUGGUGUAUCCGCUGUCGCAGCAUCUUUACCUAUGAAGUUUGUCAACAACUAUGGCGCUGAUCUCGUUGCGUACGUGCAAGGAAAGGACUCGAGUGGCGCUGCAGUCUUCAUCCUCUCUGACGGUUCCCUCCUGUACCCUAGCUCUGGCGGUUCAACCACGCCAGUGGAGGUGUCCUCACGUGUGGUGAUAAAGGUUGCUGCCGGCCAGACUUUGAGCAUGACUAUUCCCAUCGCCAUCAGCUCAGCUCGUGUUUACUUUGCAUCGGCUGCCUUGUACUUUGGGGUUGUCUCUACGGGAAGCGGUGAUGGCAUCGUCCAGCCAUCCCACGUCAGCUCGACGGAUCCCAGCGCGGGUAUCAACUGGGGAUUCGUAGAGCUCACACUCAACACGGACGGAAGUCUCUUUGCUAAUAUUAGCUAUGUUGACUUUUUGGGCCUUCCAUUGGGAAUAGCACUUAGCGUCAAGGGAGGAGACACCCAAACAGCCUAUGGCGUUUCCGCAGGCUCUGUUGCUGCUGUCUGCUCUGCGCUCAAGACCCAAGGAAACCGUGAUGGUUACCCCUGGGCCGGUCUUUGCCAGACCAACUCUAACAACCCGGUCCGCAUCCUAUCGCCAUAUUCCUACUCGGACAUCGACUCGAGCGGAUUCAGCGCCUAUUGGGACUCUUAUGUCAACUCAGUUUGGAGCAAGUACACCUCUCAAGACUUGAUUCUAAACACCCAGACCUCAUAUGGGUCCGUUGCGUGCCGCGUUUCAGGCAGCACCCUAACCUGUGCCCAGGAUAACCGAAGCUAUAAUAAGCCGUCUGCUCGCGACAUCUGGGGCUGCAACAGCGGUCCAUUCGCUAUCCAGAGCGGUGAUAAUGCCGUCCAUGUAGCCGUUGUUCCCCGUCUCUGCGCCGCUUUCGUCCGCUCCACCCUACUUCUCUCCGGGGGCAACGUGCAGCCAAGCCUGGGUCAGAGUUACUACUACACCGUCGAUCCUACAAACUAUUACAGCAAAGCUGUGCACGCCCGUGAGGUCGAUGGCAAAGGCUAUGCGUUCCCAUAUGAUGAUGUCAACCCUGAUGGUAAUGAAAAUGCCUCGGGUACGGUAUCUCAUGCCACUCCUGAUACUCUGACGGUAUACGUGGGCAGCCCGCCAUAA